GGUGGAAGAGGAGGAGGAGGAGGAGGAGGAGGAAGAAGAGGAGGAGGAGGAAGAGGAGGAAGAGAAGAGGAGGAGCCGCUGAAAGGGUUCCUGGUGCAUACGCCCGGUUGCGUCAUUCCAGACUUCGACCCUUUUCAUCACACCAUCACCAGGUUCAUCUCCAACCCUCUGAACCUCACCUGCAAACAGCCACCAGCUCUCACGACAGCUAAUGGGACAACCUUGUAUUACCACCACCAUGUCCUGAGUGACCACCUCGAGAGUUUCUUGAAGGUGUAUGAGCAGCGGCUGAAGGCCUCCAUCGUCGCCGCUGCCGUAGCCGCAGUGACCUCGGCGGCCAGUAAUAGUUCCAGCGGCGCCUACAACUCGACCUUCAACAACAACAAUAACAACAACACCUCUUCCCUCCACUGGUCGCCGGAGUCCUUCAGGAGGUUCUUCCUGUCGGCGACGCCCCCUCUCGCCUCGUCCUCCGGCGAGAGGAACGCAGAUGACAUGACCAUCUACUUCGAUUUCAGCGCCGGAGGAAACUCUAGCGGCGCUGAGGAGAAAUCUUCUUCUUCUUCCUCCUCCUCCUCCUCCUCCUCUUCUUCUUCUUCUUCAGCAGCAGCGAAUAGCUCCAUAGAGAGGCUGGGCAUCCCCAUUGAUCCAGCGACGGGCAUCCCUAAGGUCAAGUGCUGCUACCGUGCCAUUUACAGGGUGGAGCAAAAACCAAAGGUGUAUAAUGCAGCGGCUGAUGGGAGAUGGAAGUACAGCGGAUGGUGCGCUCCUGUAGAGGGACCACGAACCUCCAUCAAGGAAGACAGCAUCCUGGUGUACUGUAACAUGAGCCAUGUCGUGGUUUACAAAAACGUCCACUACUUUAUACAGAGAGACAAGGUGUUGAAGAGGACUCACCCGCUGUUGUCGCAUCGAGACGAUGUUGUUGCCGCUUCUCGCUCGAUGACAGAAACAACCACCACCGACUACUACGCCACGAACCAAAACGCAUCUGCCGGUGGUGGGCAACAAACAGCGAACCUCCUCUCGAAAACGCAGAACGCCGCUGGAGGUCCCUCUCGAGCGACGCCUGGAGCCGGAGCCGGAACUGGAGCCAAAGCUGGAGUUGGAACUAGAACCGGUGCCGGAACCAGAGCCGGUGCCGGAGCUGGAACUGGAGCCAGAAACAGAGCCAGAGCUGGAACUGGAGUUGGACCCGGAACCAGAGCCAGAGGUGGAACUGGAGCUGGGGCUGGAACUGGAGCCGGAGCUGGAACUGGAGCCAGAGCUGGAACUGGUGCUGGAGCCAGAACUGGAACCAGAGCUGGAGCCAGAACUGGAACCAGUGCCAGAGCCGGUACCGGAGCCAGAGCCGAAGUCGAGAAACUCAGCGUGAUCAUCUUCGGCACGGACUCGGCCUCCAGGCUGAACAUGCGCCGGCAUCUGCCCAAGACGUACCAAUACCUGACAGGUACCUUGGGCGCCGUGGACCUGGCAGGAUUCAACAAGGUGGGCGACAACACCUUCCCCAAUCUGGUGCCCAUCACGAUAGGGCUCAACCACCACGAGCUGGCCAAUCACUCCUGCGUGCCUGAUAAGGAGAAGUUCGACGACUGCCCCUGGAUCUGGAAGGACUUCAAGAGGAACGGAUAUGUCACCGCCUUCAUUGAGGACUCGCCCUGGAUGGGGAUGUACAACUACAUGCACAACGGCUUCGUGAAGCAGCCGACGGACUUCUACGGCAGGGCCUUUUUCCUGGCCUCCGAAAAGGAGAUCGGCAACGAGAAACACGGCAACUCCAACGUCUGUCAGGCGGACAAACUCAGUCUUAAGGCGAGUCCUGACUGCGAUCUCUACGUCUUCCAAAAUGCCACCUCUGACCCACAGGUGGUGCAGGACUUCUCCCUGGAGGUCGCGAGGACUUUCCUAGACACUCCGAGCUUCAGCCUCUACUGGUCGGCCAGCGUCAGCCACGACUACCUCAACCUCCUCCGCCACGCCGACCUGCCCCACCUGGAGUACCUGCGGCAGCUGGAGAGGACGGGUGCCCUCAACCACACGGCGCUCUUCUUCGUCAGCGACCACGGGAUGCGCUGGGGCAGCAUCCGCUCGACCUACGUUGGGAUGCUCGAGGAGCGGCUGCCCUACGUCCUCGUCUACCUGCCGCCCUGGUUCAGAACGAAGUACAAAACUGCCUUCCAAAACCUCCAGCAAAACGCCCGACGCCUUACGGCCAACUUUGACCUCUACGAGACCCUGUAUGACCUGGCCUAUGGGCGCUUUGCAGUCCAGGAACACGUGACCUCUAGGCCUAAGCACGGAGCCCGAGGUAUCAGCCUAUUCAAGGUCAUCCCGAGACACAGGAAAUGCGAGGACGCGGGCAUCCCGGGCCACUUCUGCACCUGCCAAGACACCCACGACGUCCCCCUGACGGACCCCGUGCUGGACAUGGCCGCUGCGUACCUCAAGGGCGUCUUGAACAAGGACCUGAUGCCGUAUCCUCAGUGCGUCAGGUUCAAUAAGAUCGAGCUCCUGACGGGGCGCGUCUCGGGCUCCAACAAGCAGCUGUCGCCGCAGGACGUCACAAGCGACGUCAGGAGCUACCUCCUGCAGGGGCGGUUGUCUCCGGGCGGCGUCGUCGUCGAAGCCACGCUGCGCUACAACCCACAACCUCAAGUCUUCCAGUUGACGGGUGAGGUGUCCCGGAUCAACGCCUACGGGAACACAAGCCACUGCAUCAGACACGCCACCCUCCGAAAAUUCUGCUUCUGCAAGGACCAGGUGCCAAGACCCCUACAACAACAACAGCAACAGGAACAACACGAAGACGGGCAGACGGAGCGGAGCCAAACCACAGUUCCGCCGAGCGGCGGAGGAACAACGCACCACACCAACAGCUCCGCCAAGGAAAACAACGUUCCACCACCGACCAGGAAUUUCGGGAAUUUCGGGAAUGGGACCGAAACACAGCGACCGAGGUCCAGUAAUUACAUAGAGCAGCUACUGGGGAGGUUUGCGUGAUUGGGAAUUGGAAGUCUUCCCUGAGAGAGAGAGAGAGAGAGAGAGAGAGAGAGAGAGAGAGAGAGAGAGCGCAUUGUUAAAGAAAGUGACUACAAAUAUAAAAAUUAGCAACGCCAAAGACACCGAUAUUGAGAAGCAGGUAACGAGAGAGAGAGAGAGAGAGAGAGAGAGAGAGAGAGAGAGAGAGAGAGAGAGAGAGAGAGA